AUGCCUAUCACCUCGGAACCUCAUGGCUCUCUCUUUGGCCAUCUCUUCGGCACUGUGUGGACCGCCAUCAGUACCUUUUGCGGCACAACCUGGUUUCUGACUUCGUCAUUGUCCGGCGCACUCUUUAAAGUCAUGCUUCCAGCUAUGAUUGCCGCUGUUAUCGUCUUCGGUGCGAUUCUCGCCGUCAUCUUGGCUGUGGAACAUAUCGUGAAUUGGAUGGGAUGGACUCGGCUGAAGUCCGGGGAUGAGAAGAAGACAGAGACAAGUUCAUCAGAAGCCGCGGGUGGUGGACCGGACGGAGUACUGGUCGAUGUUUUGAAUGACAAGCGACGAGUUGAGAUUGAAAUCGAGUUGCUGGAAGAGCUGCUGCGUGCUAAGCGGGAGAGCUUGAAGAAACUUGAAUAA